CGUGGAAUUGCUUAUUGAGAAGGGCGCUGAUUUUGAAAUCCCGACCGGCUGGGGUCAGACAGCCCUCUAUAAUGCAUCGGUGAAUGGUGAUCCGAAGAUUGUCCGGCUGCUUCUCGACCAUGGAGCAAACGUCGACUGUCAGAACAAAAAUGGUUGGACACCCAUCAAUGCUGCUGCAGACGAAGGUUUCCUUGAA